AGCUCUUUGUGUUUUCCUCUCUGAGCAUAUUUAAGACAGUUGUUUUCAAGUCUUUGUCUAGUAAGAAUGAAGUCUAUAUGUGUUCAGGGACAUUUUUGGAGAUUCAUUUUUUCCUUUGAGUGGGCCAUUUUUUCCGUUUCUUUGUAUGCAUGUGAUCUUUUCUUGAAAAUUUGGCAUUAUAAAUACGGCCACCUCUCCCAGUCUUCACAGACUGGCUCCAAGUUAGGGAAGACUUGCCCUAACCAGUGCAGCGUGGAGGCCUAAGCUCUUUGGAGGCCUUUUCUGGACAUUUUCCCUGGGUCUGUAUGGGUGCUUUUCACUCAGUCUCAGUUAGGCUUCACCGAGACCAGUCCUUCAGGCAGCCCUCACGUGGGGGCGAGGGCCUCUCUGCUCUCUGCACAUUGUGAAAGAGACCGGGGGCCCAGGCUGCUGCUCCCCUCUUACUGUGCUGUGCAGCACUGGGGAGAUGGAAAGCGCCACAGAGUUCUCUGCCAUUUAAAUGCGGCUCUUUCUUCACUGAGCAUUCCCUUGGUUGCUGUAGAUCUCUGCCCAGUUCCCAGAGCUUCACUGAGUUAUCUUACUUUGACAUCAUUUAGCUCCUUGGAUUUAGAUUGCAAUUUUCCGUCAAAUUUGGGAUAUUUUUGUGUAUCUCUUCAAAUGUUUCUUCUGCCCUUUUCUUUCUGUCUCUUACUGGUUUUCACACCACGCAUACAUUGUGCUUAAUGCGGUCCCAUGUUUCUCUAAGGUUCUGUCCUUUUUCUGUAUCUCUUCUCUCUGUGGCUUGAGGCUGCAUAAUCUCCACUGACCUGUCCUCAGCUUUGCUAAUUCUGCCAGUUCAAGUCUGGUGUUGAGAUACUAUAGUGGAAUUUGAUUUUAGUUAUUGUACUUUCCCAUAACUUCCAGUUGGUUCCUUUAUAUAAUUUCUGUCUCCUUAUUGAUAUUUUCUACUGGAUGAGACAUUAGCAUCAUGCCUUCCUUCAUAUCUCCUGAAGCACGCUUUUCUCUAGUUCCCUGAAUGUAGGUACAGUGGCUGCUUUGCUGGUUCAUCAUGCUAUCUGGGACCUCUCAGGCAGGUUCUCUCGCCUGCUUUUCUUCCUGUGUAUGGAUCCACUUUCCUGUUUUCUGGGACCUCUCAGAGGCAGGUUCUCUCGCCUGCUUUUCUUCCUGUGUAUGGAUCCACUUUCCUGUUUUCUGGGACCUCUCAGAGGCAGGUUCUCUCGCCUGCUUUUCUUCCUGUGUAUGGAUCCACUUUCCUGUUUUCUGGGACCUCUCAGAGGCAGGUUCUCUCGCCUGCUUUUCUUCCUGUGUACGGAUCCACUUUCCUGUUUCUUUGUAUGUGUGGUAAUUUUUUUUGUUGAAACCAGGACAUUUUAGGUAAUGCAUGAUAGCAGCCCCAGAUACUGGACCCCUCCUUCUCUGUGGCUUGUUUUUGCUUGCUUGUUUAUUUCUUUGUAGUGCGGUGGCUGGAUUAUUUGGGGGAAGUUUGUUUCCACCUGAAGAUGGAGCCGCCCAUGCUCCUCAGAGGUGCAGCCUUGGGUCUACGCAGCCACCCUGGGAUAACAGGGGUUUAGCAGGGCUCUCGCUGGGCGUCUGUGUUAUAUUUUCUGACCCUGUCAGUGUCAUGCCAGGUGUUAGGCUCCACUAAUUGCAGGUUAGUUGCUCUGCUGUUUUUUGACAAUGCCCUGGUGUGUAAAUUGUUCCCUUUGCUGAUCUAAUUAAAUCUGGGCCCCUUUGCAGCUGUAGUUUUUGAGACAAGUUUGCAGUUUGUUCUGACCCUAGGAGGGUUGUUGUUCGAUAUGUCCUUCCCUGGCUCUCUGGUAAACCAGCUGGCUACAGAGGAUGGAGCUACCAGCCUACCCUUAACUGCUCACCACUGAAAUCUCCAUUGUUUCAGUUGCACCUUUAGACGUGAACUUCCCCACAGUGUGUUUCAAAUGAAGUCCGUUCGUUUGGGUAGAGUUUCGGAGCUCCCUGAUCGUGUGGUUUACCUCUUGCCCUGAGCAGAGUCUCUGAGACCUUGCUCCAGAGCUGGGGUGGGGACAGCGACCCCUUGUCUUGGAGGGACAACCUGCUUUAUGAGCAGCUCUGGUGUGGCGGUGGCCUCUCCCAGCCUGGAACCUUGCCCCACCAGUGGGCUGGGGCCAGGCGGAUCAGGGCCCUGGCGUUUUUGCCUGGGAUAGAAACUUGGAUUUAUUAGUAGGGGUGGUUGAAGGAAGGGAGCUUUUCCCGUGUUGCUGGCCACGCUCCCUGGGAAUAUAGCCUCUGCCACUCACAGCUGUGGGGAGAUUGGGAAAUGGUGGUGGCCUGACCCUUCUGGUGGCUGGGAUCUCAGGGAACAGGCAGCCCCGUUCCCUUGGCCACGUUCACCUGAAGUGGAGCUUCCAUCACGCUGACGGGGGCAGAGGAGGGAAGGCGCAGGUCAUGGCUCCGGUGCCUCAGACUCUCCCGUUCUUACUGACAUCUAGUAGAUUUUCUUCAAUAAAUGUUUCCUUGUUUGCUGUGUGCCCUCAUUUUCGAGAGACUUAAAAUGGCUCUUUUUAAACAAGUUCCACCAGUUGUGGACGUUUGCCAGGGAGCAGGUCUGCCAGGUUCCUCACGCCUCCAUCCUGGAAUUGGAGCCCCUGGGCUUUACCUUGAGGGCUGAGGGUGUUGAAGGCAGCUGCAACUUAGAGAACCCCUAGGAGGGAGCUGAGACGUCCCCGUGGUAGGCACCACUGGCUGAGGACAGCCACUGUGGGGAACUGGAAAGGUGACCUAGCUCCAUGUAGCGGACUGUCGAGACUUAGUAAUUAACUGGUGGAUGAGGAGUUAGUGAGGGGAGGGAGGCACUGCAGGACAGGGAAGCACUGCAGUGACUCACAGUCCGCGCUCUGCAGAGUUCUCAGAACGCAGAUCAGCAGCCAGGGCCUGCGUCUGCAUGUCUGACGACUCCUAGCGAUGCCCGCGCUGCUGGUGCCCCGUUUGGGUAGCAAGGACCUAGGGUUUUGUGUUCAAGCAACUGGCGAAUGGUGACAGGGUGGAAUUGUCCAUUUCCUUGUCUGUUUCCCCUGCUGGAGGGCAGGGAUGGUGUCUUUCUCAUUGUUGUAUCUUGAGUAUGUAGAACAAUGGGUGACCUCUAUAGUAGGUGUGUGAUGGUUGAGUAUUUGUUGAAUGGCUUAAUGACUGUUGACAGAAAACGCAAAGAGGAACAGUGAUGUGGGAGCAGAUGAAUUUUAUUUGGGGCAUGCUGCACGUGAGGUGCCUGUGGUCAGCCAGGUGCAGGAAUAUUGCUUGUCCUGAGUUCAGAAAGGGGAUUUGGGCAAAAGUUAGUGAUUUGGAAAUCGAGAAUGCAGAUUGUAAAGGAAGCAAAGAGGUGGGGUGAGGUUUUCCUGGGAAGGUGCAUAGAGGAGAGGGGAGAACAUAGGCCAGAGCUUAUGUUGCUGGAGAACAUCUGUCGUGAACACCCCUUGUCGCUGUGCCCAUAUUUCAUAGCUCUGUCUCAUCUUCGUGAGAGUGAACCUGAGGUGCAUCUGUGUUGCAGGCUGAAGAGCUCUUUUCCUCCCUGGGAGUUGACUGCGACGUCUCGGAACUUGAUCAGAUGAUGGGGCCAGUGUUCAAGAGGUGCUGUCGGAGAUCACUAAUCAGAGGACCGUGCCCAGUAUCUUUGUGAAUAAAGUGCACGUGGGCGGAUGUGACCGAACUUUCCAGGUAAUGAUAGUAUCGUGUGUUCUGGAAUGCUGUUUGUUCAAAUUUUGUCUUAAAAAAAUAGUUAAAAGGGGGAGGAGAUGGUUUUUAGAAGUCUAUUCAUUUGUGUCUUUUGGAGCUUGUAAAAGCAAAAGCCUGUAGGAUGGUUAUCAGAGAAUCUUGAUUGCUUUAAUGGAAAUUAGCUUUUCUACGAAUUCAAACUUCAGAAGCUGAGGAGGAGGUUUUGAGUGAGGUUGCAGGACAGACAGGUCAGCGGCGCUGCUCUCUUCCUCCUGAUGGGACAGAAACAAGGCCUCUUCCCUCCUCAAGGUUUAGUGAAAUGAGCUCAGCACUAACGUUCUGGUCCAGGGUGCAUAGGACUCCUACCAAGGCUGCUGACCCUGCGAGCUUCGCAAAGCUUUGCUUGUUUGAUUCCUAGAAUGCAGAAAUGAACAGGAAUCAUUCGGUUAAGUAGAGAUAGAUCAAAAUUGUUGUUUAUUAAAUAAGGUCUGUAUUUUAACUAGGUGUUUGCUUUUAUUAAAAUUCUGCUCUUGUAUCCUUUAUGUAUGUAUGCAAAUGGUAAUGAUCAGUGAUUGAUUAAAUGCUUAUAUUUAGAUUUCAAUUAAGAAUUAUAUUUUUGUCGGGCGAAAAGAUUGUCUACGUUGUAUGUUAACCUGGGAUUGGCAUUGUUCUCUAGUAACAGCCUGCUCUAUGUGUCCUAGAAGCUAUAACCCAACUCAUGUGGUGGUAAGUACCAUAGUUUACAGCCUCUAAACACCUUUGGAGUUGCUGAUCUUGCCAGUCCUAGCUGGGAAGAUGCUGUCAGAGCGUGGUCUGGGGCUGUAGAGGUGUCGGUUCUACUUCGAGACUGCAAGACUCUCCCUUGGACAGCAGCUGUUUAGGAGGGGGAUUUCCCUACGGGCCCUAGGAAUCAGGAGGCCACCCGGCUUUGGGACCAUGCACGAGACAUCUGCUGGGUCUGUGGUCGUGUGGCACUUCCACUGCACUCCCAGGAUGAGCCCGUUCGAAAGCCAGUUUGUUGGGACUGAGCAGCCGACUUUGCACAGACAACUAUUGUUUAGUCACAUAUGGAGCCUCUGACCUCAUCUAAGCUUCUUCUGACCACCAGGAGGGCCAAGUGGACAAGAGAAUGUGCUGCAGGGUCAGCCUCCUGACCAGAAAAAGCAAGUUGUUUGUGUUGUAUAGGAAGUGGCGAGAUUUAGGUCAGUUUACGAGAAACCAGGAAGAGCUUCAAAGUGCAUGUCCUGCUGCCCAUGCAUGAGCAUUGUUCUCAAGGUGAAGACUAGCACAGGUGGACAAAACAUAGAGGGUCUUGAACAAUGGCGCUUGGCUAUUUAACUGCACCUAGUUAUUCUGUAACUCAGCUUUACCUGCUCGCCGCUCGAAAGCCAAUACCGAGAAGCAAGCGUUAGUAGAAAGGAAAGUUGCUUUAAUCAGAAAAGCCAGCCAUCUGGGGAGAAGGCGGACCCAUGUCCCAAAACCAACUUGGAAGAUUCUGCUUGGCCAUGAUCGUUUUUAAAGGGAAAAAGGGGAAAUAAUCUCAGUUAAUCAUUGAGACAGGAGGUCGGAUUCUUCGUCACCUCUCCAUCGUGUGCAGACCUGCCGGCUUCUCCUGAGCUUCCCUUGGGUGCCGUCUUGCCCACGUGGUCCGCCUGCAGAUUUGCUAAGGGGGACGAUGGGCAUAGAGAGUCAGUCAUUCUUUACCUACUUAAUCCUUCAUUCUUACUCCUUUUAAUCCAGGAAAGGAGUCGACAGGUCAGGCGAGGUAUUGCGUGCAUUCAGUAGAGCAGAAAUCAGGGGCUAGUUUAAAUGUUACCUAUGAUCUCAGUUUUACAACUAAGGUCUGAGGAAAGCAGAGACGAGCAAACGGAAAAGGGCAGAAGAGCUGCUUACAAAAUGACCUAGUCUGACAUGGAUGUAAGGCCAUGACCUCCCCAUCAUUGGACGCAUGCCUCACUAUCGGGUGAUAACCAACAAAACAUAUGUGCUUUGGCAUCCGUUCUAACUAGUUGGACCCAACUGAAUGCCAUCCAGGUAAACUGACAGUUCCAACUUACAAAGAUUGUAGGUCAACUGUUUCCAAGACUUUUAUAAAAGAAAUGUAUGCCGAUUAAGCAUAGGGUACAAAGAAAAAGUUUGAAAACAAGUCACACUGUGUCCUCUCCUUUGGGUAACCCUCAGGCACAUCAGAGUGGUGUAUUACAGAAGCUCCUGCAGGAAGAUCCAGCAUGUGAUUACGACCUCAUUGUCAUUGGUUGUGGCUCUGGCGGCCUCUCGUGUGCUCAGGAAGCUGCCGCUUUGGGGAGGAGAGUCAUGGUGCUGGACCUCGUGGUCCCGUCGCCCCAGGGCACAUCGUGGGGUCUCGGUGGCACUUGUGUGAAUGUCGGCUGCAUCCCGAAGAAGCUGAUGCACCAAGCCGCCCUUUUGGGCCAGGCGCUGACUGACUCAAGGAAGUUUGGCUGGGAGUGCAGUCAACAAGUGAAGCACAACUGGGAGACCAUGACCGAAGCCAUUCAGAAGCACGUCGGCUCUCUGAACCGGAGCUACCAGCGGGCUCUGAGGGAGAAGGCGGUGGCCUACGUCAACUCCUACGGGGAAUUUGUUGAACACCAUAAAAUCAAGGCAACCAAUGGAAAAGGACAGGAAACGUAUUAUACUGCAGCAAAAUUUGUCAUAGCAACAGGGGAAAGGCCGCGUUAUUUGGGAAUCCAAGGAGAUAAAGAAUACUGUAUUACUAGCGAUGACCUCUUCUCUCUGCCCUACUGCCCGGGCGCGACCCUGGUGGUGGGCGGAUCCUCCGUGGCGCUGGAGUGCGCAGGCUUCCUGGCCGGCCUGGGCCUGGAGGUCACGGUCAUGGUGAGCUCGCAGCUCCUGCAGGGCUUCGACCAGGAGAUGGCCGAGAAGGUGGCUUCCUCCAUGCAGCAGCUCGGCGUCCGAUUCCUGCGCAAGUUCGUGCCCGUGGAGGUUCAGCAGUUGGAGAAGGGGUCACCUGGGAAGCUGAAGGUAGUGGCUAAAUCUACGGAAGGAACAGAGAUGAUUGAGGGCCUUUACAACACGGUUUUGUUAGCAAUUGGUCGUGACUCCUGUACGAAGAAAAUCGGGCUGGAGAAGAUUGGUGUCAAAGUCAAUGAGAAGACUGGCAAAAUCCCAGUGAACGACGUGGAGCAGAGCAGCGUGCCCUAUGUCUACGCCGUCGGGGACGUCGUGGAGGGUCAGCCUGAGCUCAUGCCCGUCGCCGUGCAGGCGGGCAGGCUGCUGGCUCGAAGGCUUUUUGGGGGCCGUUUAGAAAAGUGUGACUAUAUCAAUGCCCCCACCGUGGUGUUCACGCCCCUGGAGUACGGCUGCUGCGGGUACGCGGAGGAGAAAGCCGUGGAAGUGUACCGGAAGGAGAAUCUGGAAGUCUACCACACUUUGUUCUGGCCUCUCGAGUGGACAGUGGCCUGCAGAGACAGCAACACCUGUUACGCGAAGAUUAUCUACAGUAAAUUCGACAAUGAUCGGGUGAUAGGAUUUCACGUCCUUGGACCGAAGGCCGGUGAGAUCACCCAAGGAUUUGCAGCCGCCAUGAAAUGUGGGCUCACGAAGCAGCUGCUGGACGACACCAUUGGGAUCCACCCCACGUGUGCACAGGUGUUCACCACCCUGGAGAUCACGAAGUCAUCGGGGCUGGACGCCACGCAGAAGGGCUGCUGAGGCUAAGCCGCUGUCGCUUUCCUUGUCCCGCUCCCGUUUCUGUGAACACGGCAUGCUCUCGGGUAAGCCCGGGGACAGCGUCGGGGCAAGGAGGCGGGACAGCAGCAGUGCCGUCCACCCGCCUGGCUGACGGGGAGGGGCAGCCACGCUGCGUCCUUGACGUCUUAGCUCGGAGCCGCCAGGUGAGCCAAGACUGACGUCUUCCCCAUCAGCUCCCCCGACAGAGCUUUUAAUCACACAACUCAUCUAAGUCCACGUUCCGGUUGCUACUGUUUUUAUCCCCUUGCUUUCCUGAGUCCACGGAGAUAUUUCUCUCAUGAAACUGACUGUAAAGUGGGCAUCUCCAGCGCAUGGGCGUCUGGGGCGGCCCCGUAGCUGCCACAGAGCACCAGUGCGCCACCUUCUCCCGUGGGUGCGUGCGCAGCCGCCGGCAGGCCUCCUCACCCUCUUCUGGUUCCCCACAGUGACCACCUGGCCGCUUUCCUCUUCGUGUCACUGGACUGAGCAGAAUAUCUCACGUCAGAGAGAGGUGCUUGGACUUCUCAUGUGGAUCUUAAGAAUAACAUCAAAAAGUUCUCAAUACUGUAUUACGUGAAAUGUAAUUUAAAACUUCUUUAUU